AUGGCCGUGGCUGCCAAGCUGGACAGCCAGCACGUUAUUGUUGGCCGUCAUCCAGACGAAUCGCACUUAUUCCUGCCGUCAAACCAGAAGCGUGAUCCGAGUUACAAGUUGGGAGCCAGGAGGUCAGAGCUGGGAGCUGCUGCACUGCACAGCCUCGCAAUGCUCAGUGGUGUGUGUUGCUGCUGUGUUCCAGAUGUUGAUGGCCCCUACAAGAAGUUUCCUGCGGGCCCCGGGAGCGGCUCUUUGCUCACUCCAGCUCACUAUCCGACCCCGGCUCGCAGGCGCCAUCGCACCACCUUCAGCCAAGAGCAGCUGGAACACCUGGAGGCUUCGUUCAGCAAGAACCACUACCCUGAUAUCUACUGCCGGGAGGAACUGGCCAAGACCACCAAGCUCAACGAGGCUCGCAUUCAGGUGUGGUUUCAGAACAGAAGAGCUAAACACCGUAAGCACGAGAGAGCCGCGCAGAAGGCCGUGCCCCCCGCUGUGAUCUCAACCUGCAGCAGCCUGAUGUCGGGGGUGUGUCCAGUGAGCACAUCAGCGUGCCAGUACCAGUAUCCCCACACCAUCAACCACCUCCCGCGCUUCUCCUCCAUGGCAGCAGUGAGCUACGGGCCACCCCCGUCCGUCAGCCAGUUCAGCUGUGCCAGCAGCCACUCCAACCUCCCCCCAGCCAUGGCCCCGCCCAGGCAGCAUGAAGACUGGUACAGCCCCCUGCGUGCCGUCAGCUCCACCUCAUCCAUGCUCUCCCUGGCCCCCAUGCCAGGCUUGGACCACCCCUCCCACUGGAAUUAAAACUGGCUUCAAGAGAGCCUCCCUCUUCCCUUUACUUCCCAGCAGAGUUCUGUGAAGCCUC